UCACAAUGUAGAGCUUUUUGAUUGUCUGAUUUCUAAUAUUUUCUUAGUAAUACCCAAUAUAGCGUAAACAUGAAUAAAAUGUACGCUAUUGAAAACCAAUAUUCCAAAAUUCGUCGGCGCAAAAGAAUGACUUUUGAAGAAAGGAAAGACAAAUGUAAGAAACUAAAGUAUGGAACUCAUGUUACUGAUAUGGUGAAUAGUGUUGCUGAUGAUGUGAAAAAAAUUCCCCUUAUUGGUACCGUAGCCAGUAUUUUUGCUUCUGGAAUAUCUAUAAUAGGUCAUAUUACCAAAGCUGGACUGGAUAUCGCUUCUACGGCCUUAGACUGCAAUUCACUACCGUUCGAUGAAAUAAAAAGUGUUAUGAAAGAGAGAUUUAAUGAAAUUGACCGGAAGCUAGAAGACAACGCUGAGGCAUUGGCAGAAAUAUCUGCAUUGGUCAGCAAGACAUUUGCAAGCGUUGAACGGACAAGAAGAGAAAUGAAACAAGGCUUUAAACAUAUAUUGCAAGCUAUGGAGAACAAUGAAAUAAAAAAGAUAGUGGUGAAAAUCAACAAUUUCGUGCAAUAUUUCGAAAAUGAAAGAGAAAGAAUUAAGGGACUGCCGCCGGACGAGUAUGUCUUUAAACUUCAAGAGCCAAAUAGUAUUCUUGAUUAUUUGAGAGAAUCCCGAACCCCUAGAGGCGAUAGUUUGCAAUCAGCGUUGUAUGAAAUUAUUGACGAAGAAAAUGAGUACGCCAUUCCUAAAAACGAAGAUGAUGUUAAGGCUCUUCAAGCACUUUAUGCACUUUUUUAUGGUACGCAAGCGUAUGUGUCUAUAAUGUUUUUUCUAAUGGAGCAGCAUUCGUAUCUAGCCGAUUAUUAUUACAAAAAGGGGAACAUUGAGGAAUUCAACACGCAGCUUGAUUUAAUAAGAACUGUUUUUGAUGACUUUAAGUUUUCUCUUAUAAGUAGUUUUAACAAAAAAGCAUUGAUGAACGAGGUAAUUGAUAUUUUAGCUGAAGUAAAAAUCAAGGAUUUCAUGAAAAAAAGUAGCAAUAACUUUCAUGGAAAAGUAUCAGGUGGCUUGCUAAAAUUAGUGAAUCUUAAAAUUAAAGUCAAAGACAUGGAAUUACCAUUUAUAAAUGAUACUCCUCAACCUGUUGUUCAAAUAUCCCUCAUACCUCCUUUAAUUGAAACUCCCUUUGGCGAUUGGGAAGACAGGUCUAAGGUUAGAUAUGCUGUUCAGCUUACGAACGGUGGCUUAUAUUCCAAGUUUAGUGAAUGGUCUGAACCAUAUACGGUUCAGGGCAAGGCCAGCCCGACCCUUACAAUUCCUGUAGAUCAUAAAAGGAGAACCAGAUUAAUUUUUAGAAAAAUUGAUGAUGAGAAGCCUCAGUUGGUGGGUGUUUUGUCAGAAUCUCAAACCGAAUUUAAAGAUAUCAAUCGAGAUCUUUACAAUGCAGCUGGUAGAAUAGACGAAGAUUUGGCACUGGAUGAAGUGAAUAAAUUGUUAGAACUUGGCGCAGACCCUAAUGCUGUUUUUGAGUUUGGUAGAGGGUUUUUGCAUGCCGCAGCAAAAAAUGGUAACGAAAAAGUAGCAAUGGAAUUUUUAUUGAGCAAAAAUGUAACGGAUUUGAAUGUUAAAGACAAGAAAGGUUAUACCCCUCUGCAUUUCGCCGCUGAAUCUGGUUAUUCGGGAUUCAUAAAAUUUUUGCUGGAUCAUGGAGCUGAUGGAAAUAAGAAGAUUGAUUCAGGACUUUUAACACCAUUGCACAUUGCAGCAAAAAAUGGAUUCGUGAAAGCUGUUCAGACUUUAAUUGAUAGUAACAGUACUAAUCUGAACGAAAGCGACGAGUCUGGAUUUACGGCUUUGCAUCAUGCCACUCUUGGAGGAUCCGAAAUAGUUCGUACACUGAUUGACAGCAAGCGUAUUAAUGUAAAUGCCAAAUCAUUGACUGGAUUAACUCCUCUGCAUUUAUCUGUAGUUAAUGGUGAUCUGAACGUAGCAAAUUCUUUACUACAUAGUAAGGAAGUAAAUAUAAAUGAAAAUGACUACAAAAAAAUGACAGCUUUACAUUUUGCUUCGAUGGUAGGUGAUGUAGAUAUGAUUAAGUUCCUUACAUCGAUGGAUGGAAUUGACAUUAAUGCUUCAGCAGCAAAAAAUAAUUGGACUAGUUUGCAUACUGCAAUUUAUUUCCAAAAUGAAUGGGCUGCUUUAGAAUUAUUGAAACUAAAAGCCAUAAAUUUAAGCUUACUUGCAGAUGGAAACAUCACAGCUCUACAUAUGUCGGUGGCUAAUGGACAGUUAAACGUAGCCGCUGAAUUGCUUAAUAGAGAAUCAGAUAUUGAAGCAAAAACUAGCGAUGGAUAUUCUCCUCUUCAUCUCGCUGCGAUGCAUACGGAUCCAAAAGUAUCGACAAUGUUGCUUAAAAAAGGUGCUAACAUGGAAUCAAAGUCCAGUGAAGGUCUCACACCUCUGCACGUUGCAAUUUCUUCAGACAGAUUUCAAACCUUUCUCGUUUUAAUUGAAGAAGGUGCAAACCUGAAUGCAAAAACACCUGAAGGAUCUACUCCAUUACAUUUAGCAACUGAUUUAGGGAAGCAAAAUGUAAUUGUGGCAUUAUUAAACAAAGGAGCUGAUGCUAAAUCUGUGGAUAAAAAAGGUCGUAAGCCAAUUCAUAUAGCCAUUAUCAAGUACGAUUUGCCUGUGGUCAAAGAGUUCGUAAAGCAUGAUCCGAAAAAUGUUGAUCCUGAUUCUGAUGCGUAUGAGGAAAACAUCAAUUUAACUUACGAAAUUUUGAUGAAUGAUAUAUAUGAUUAUCUCUCCAAUAAGUAUUCUGAAGAAUACCAAGAUUUCGAAGACAUGUCGCCGUAUGAGAUAUUAGAGCAACAAGGUAAAAUCGAUUUGCUAAGAUUAUUGGUCAAUGACCCGUCCCAAGAAAAAGUUAUUGAGCAUACAUUUUCAUUAUAUUUUAAAUUAGUGCAGGAUUGCGUGAAAAAUGAAGAAAUUCAUUCUAAAAAACCGAAAUCAAAGUCACGCAGCUCGUGCGUUCCACCCAUACGUUACCGACGCCAUUACAAUGCGUUAAGCUCAUAUUUCGACAAAAUCAAGAUAGUUGAUUUUAAGUACCGAAACUCAGUAAAUGUUGAUGAUUUUAGCAAACCAGGCAAAACAUACGACUGGAUGGGAGAUUUUUCUUUUUAUCUUAACAGAGUUUUUAACGGGUUAGAAAAUUUUGCACUUGGUACGCCGAAGGAAAUUGAAAAUGAAAAUUAUUUUAUUAAGCCUGAAGCUAAUUUAUACUUAAAUGCAAAUACUGCUAACAAUUUGAUACUUAUAUUAGAUUUAUUCAUAAGAAAGCUUACGAAAGAAAAAUAUCAUUUCCGCAAUAAAGAAUCAUUUGAUUUGGACAUUCAAGCAAUGGCUCUGAAAAUUGCAGAACAGUUUGAAAAAUUUAUGGACACUCAGAAUAUAAACAAACAACAAAUCGAUUUUUCAGAUAUACAUAGAACUGUUUACAAAAUUCUGAAAACAGGAAAUGCCAGUGAAAUACCAAACUUUUUAUGUUCUUUUAUAAAUUCAUAUGCAAACAAAAUUUCUAACUUUGAAAACAUGUUUUCUAUUCUGCAUUGCUAAAGAGGAACACUUGGGAAAAAAAACCUUAAAACACUUAUUUUAAAUACAUUAUUGAAUGAUAUAAAAUUCAAACUUUUUGUGCUUUUA